UUUUUUUUCUCGCCCAUGCUCUCCAGACUCACCUCUUCAUGUUUGAUCCUUCGAUAUCAAUCCAGGCUCUACGCCGCUAACUGGAACAGACCUUCCCCCCCUCCCCUUCCCCGGGAACAGCAACUUGAAUUCGAAGAACUUCAGCGUGUAGCCCAAACACCUCUUGCUUUCAAUAAAAGUAAUGUUACAGAAGCAGAUUUGUCCUUGCACCCUGAUGCUCGCGAGCCUUUGAAACCAACCUUUGACGGCGACGUCAACCCCGCCACCGGAGAACAAGGAGGCCCUAAACGUGAACCGGUUGGGAAAUGGGGGGAUGAAGGCGACUGGAGCUUCAAGGGACGAGUAUCUGACUUUUGAAUAGCGACGGAGCUGUAACUCAGAUUAUCUCCUCUACACACAAAUAUAAGCCAGCACACAUUACAUUU